UUACGCGUGUAACUGAGCCCAUUUAUAUAGCUCGACAUGCGACAUGAGCUCGACCACUGAGCUCGACACGCCUGGCAUUCUUGUUGCUCAGCGGUAUCUCCCAUUUCGACACGAAGCUUCAUGUUUCAUAAUAACAUUUCUAUUUUCAUAAUUGUAUUUCUUUGUUUUGCAAAUAGUUUUUGAACGUUUCUUUAAGUUAUAUGAUAUAGUUAAGAUUUAACGAUAGGGAGACACAUAUGGCACUCGCUAGAACGCAGAGAGAAUGGGCAAUACUUGUUGGGGAGGUGAGUUUUGUUAUCAUCUUUGAUACUAUAUGCAUGAAUUGAUUUUGGGAAUGAUCUGUGCAUAAAAUCAGAAAUGUCCACUUUGUUGCUUUGGAUUCUUUUAAAAAUAUACAUAUAUUUGUAUUUAUAUUUUUUAAAAUAUAAAUACAAAUAUAUAUUUGUAUAUAAGGGUUUAGUGUUUUAAGAAUUCUGACCGUAAACCUUUUACAUUUUACAAUUCAAUAUAUAUAAAUUUCUAGAUAUUGUUAAUAAUGUAUAAGUUAACUCCCAGCUGUGUCAAUGAUCCAUAACUGUGCACCUUCAGACCUUCUGUUAUUUAUUAUUUUUACACUGUUCUAUUAGGCAUCUACACAAAAAAUCAACAUGUUCAAGUCUUAAGAAGCUUUAUAAACUCGUAGCAGUAGAAAAUACCAAAAUAUGAAUUAUCCAGGCUUUUUUGACUCUGUAAAUUAUACUAAAUUGGUCUUUCCUCAACUACCCAACAAGCUACUAAACCCUUGUACUUCAGCUGCAAAGACAUUUUAUUUGGAUUGAGCCAAUAAUUCCCUGUGACGCAAAUGAUCUAAUAGUCUUAAAACAGCAGCAUCAAAACAUCUCACCAAGAUAUGUUUGCAACAGACUUGUAGCAAGCUUGUCAACAAGUCACAAUGCUGUUAUAAUUUAUCAAGUUGCUACAGGGUUGUCACUAACAACUUGUUGUCAAGUUGUUGGAACAAAUUGUAACAAGUCUGUUGAGUCAACAACCUUGUAACAAAUUGGCAACAAGUUGGGAACAAGCAGUGUGAACACUUGAUUUGUUUCUGAUAUGGUAAUAAUCUGUGUAUUAAGACAUUCGAAUGGGUUUGGGGGCAGAGUCUUAGUUAGGAUUUUAGAUCUUGGGCGUGUUUCUAAAUGACCAGGGUGUGCACAUGUCAAUUACCUCAAAUAUGCAGCCAAAUUCACGGUUCUAGUUAUGCUCGCAAACAACAGACAAUACCUGUGGUUGUUCUAUGCUUUGCAAUUUACUUCAGCAACUCUUGGGGGUAUUUAAAACCAUUUUAACACCAUACAGUUCCGGCAUUAUCCAUCAAAACAUUAAAACAUCACAGAUAUCACUUUUGCCAAUUUCAACAACAACCGUAGAUUUUACAAACUUUCUUACGACAUACAGUAAAUAGGAAGAAAUUCUGUCUGUUAUUUUAUGAACCUAAACAGCCUUAUAAAAAUGAUGAAACCGCAUUAAUUUUAUCUGGCCGUGUUUUUCCCUGUUUGGCCGCGAUAACACGGCCAACACGGCCCUCUAGCUAUUAGACCCUGGUUGGGGGUCUUUAAAUUUCCUCAGUGGGGGAGGUAUGGAUGUUUACUGGAAUGACCCACUGGGAUCUUAGCGAUAUAAAAUUAUCUAGAUGAUAAGGUUGAAAGGACACAAAGAUGAUGUUUUUGAAACAUAUUUUAGUACAAUAUAUGUAAGAAGAAACUGGAAAGUAAACGAGAAGCAUUGAAGAUCAUAACUAAGGAAUGGCAGUCAUCAAAAAAAGAAAAUGAAAUCUAUAAAAAUAAAGUCAAUCAACUUGUAAGUUACACAAACCACAACGAUAUCCUCCUCUGAGGAUUGUCAUAAUGUUCUCUGAGGAUUGUCAUGGGUAGUUAUUCAAUGCUGCAGCUGUAUUUAUACGAUACCGGAGCUUUGCUGGCACAAUCAUCAGAGCAUUAGUGCCUUUCAGCUCUGAGAUAAUAGGGUUAAUUCUUGCUCGUGACACUCAUAUGAAAAGAGUCAGUCAAUGCUCUACCAAAAAUCAUAGGUUUUCACCUCGUACUCCAGUUUCCUCAAACAGGGAAUGUUGACAAAUUGUGUUGGGAUUAACCUCUAACUGACCUUUCUGCCAUAGUUGGGUUCUGUGCAGACAUGAGCUACCGGUAUUUAUAAGGUGGCUGCCAAGAGCGCCCUUAGAAAGCCUUUGACUUGAUCAGGUCAAGCUACAUCUGUUGCAAUUCAGCUUACUGUAGCUCUCAGCUUUAUAAAUCAAAAAAAUUUUGGCUUGAUCUCCAGAAACUUAAUAUUGUAAUUUGGAAUUCCUGUUCCACAAACAAGAAUGUAAAAUAUUUUUGCAGCAACAAGAUCUGGACAGAUGCAAGAAACCAACGCAAGAGAAACCGCCAGAACGUGUGCUAAGUCCUGAUUUAGUUAGUAGUCAUACUUCAAAGGUAUGUAACUUUGGAAGAACAUUUAGUGGGUUUAGGGUUCUCCCCAAGCUGUAAGUCAGAAUUCUCUCAUGGAAGUCACAUUAUCUGUGCAUGCUGAAAUGUUUGUGAUAGGUUCCACAUUGACAUGCUUUGCAGUGGUGGAAAUGUACACACCCUGAAAAAUAUUAACCCCAUAUGAGUUUUGGUCUCCACCAGAGACAGAGAAAGUGUUGGGGGUGCAAAUUUAGGUUGUCAACAUAUUCAAAAAUAUUUCCUAUUUCAAGGAAACUCUGGCUCAGUUGGUUUAUGAAUACAAGCAAGCAAACAAAGCAUUAAGACAUGAUUUCCAAGAACUAAACAAACUUUAUAUUGAGUCUCAAGAAGAUGUCCAGCUCAUGCGGGAGCGAAUGAGACGUGUGUCUAGUUCCUCCAGUAUCCAUGGUGAUGAAACAUCAGACACUGUGAGUGAAGGAAAAGAAGAAUAUAUUGUACAGCUUGAAGAAUAUAAAGAACAGGUUUGAUGGUUUUUAGAAACAAGGUUGAUGAAUUAAAAUCACCACAAGUGGCCCAGAAAAUUUCUGAGCUCUGGGCUGCUUGUAGUGAUUUCAAUCCUUCCACUUAGUUUCUAAUAUUGGAAUACAUGUAUAUUAGAAUGUCUAAUAUUGUAUUGAUGUUUCAAUUUGUAUCUCGUAGCUGGCCAACUUGGAACAAGAAAUAAAAAGUGUCAAAGAUGAAAAUAGCGACAUAGUGUCAGAGGUAUAGAUCAUGCAAAUGAUACAAUUUUUGGAGUAAAGAAUUUAAGUACUAUAAUAAAUGAAAUGUUACUGUGGUCUAGCAAGUAAUAACUUCAAAUUGGUGGAUUUUGUAGCGAGAUUAUUACAAAGAGAAAUGGGAAAGAUUAAACACGCAGCUCAACUAUAUCCUGGGUGCUGAUGAUAGAAGAUUAGUUGAUGUUGAUGCUUUGGUCCUAGACAACAAGUAGGUCUUCUGAAGAUUGUCUUGAAUGGUCUGUGCAAGUGUGAUGACGUGUAGGUAGUGGCGAUAAUAAGAAAGCUUCGUAUUGAUUGCCCUGAUACAAGUACCUGAAAAAUACAACUUAGGAGAACUUGAAAAGUUGAGUAGCACUGCAUUUUCUAACUUUUGAAAAGGCAGUCCAGACUUACUUCAGAUAUACAUGUACAAACAGGUACUUAAAAGAGAAGCUCAUCUUACUGGAGGAGGAACGAAAUCUUGAAAAAGAAUCAAUUCAAAAAUAUGAGGUAAUUCUGAAUCCUGAUUCAUGUAUCCUUUCAUAUACGGUUCAAUAGUGUCCAAAUUUCUAUUACAUGUUAGCGAGGUUUGGAUGCAUCGUAAAUGUGAAAAUUUUGCCGUUAUGCUUUUCAGGCUGCGUUUGAAAAGAAAAAGAACAAAAUACUUCAUCAGCGAAACGAUGGAAGAAUAGCUGCUUAUUAUUCCAAACACAGUAAGUUCAAUUUGAUUGCAACACAACUCCAUGGCCUGGUGUUGGUGUUAUGUACUAGCGCUAUAGUAUUCCAAAGGUCGUAGCCGUAGGUUUGAUUCCCACCGCGGCCAGGCAUAUAUUCAAGCUUGCCCGGUGUGGAUAUGCACUCACAGUAACAUCACAAACAUUAUAUUCAAAUAUGUUAUCAAUGUGCUGUAUAGUUACUUUUUGGUAAGUGUUAAUGCAUGAUUGGCCACUCUCAUAGUUAUAUGAUGACUAAUUUUCUGCAGUUAAGUCAAAUUUUCGCACGUAAUACAAACAUAUACAAAAUUUGCAAACUUUGCAAGACUAUAUUUUCCAAGCUUUACAACAUUUUGCAACCAAAUUUUGCAAUUUUACUAAUUUCAUUAUGUUCUUUUUAGCUGUGGUGUUUGAUUGGCUUCUCUUUACUUAGAUUCAAAUUUAGCUUUAAGGCCAUUUCCACUCAGGAAAAUUUUCCGCAGAAAGAAAAUUUUGUAAAAUGUGAUUGGCCGACGCAAAUUUUUCGUCGGAAAAAAAUUUUGAAGCUGAAAAUUUUCAACUUUUACCGAUGAUAUUUUCAGAAAAUUUUCUGUCUGUGGAAAUUUUUCUUGAGUUGGCAAUCGGCCUUAACAUGCAAGUCGUCCAAUUGCCGUUUGUGAAGUAGAAUAGCGUUGGGUUAAGCAUGACGUCAGCCAAUCAAUUCAAAGGAGAUUCGAGCGAAAGCCUCUUCGGCAACCGUACAGUACUUUGUUCCUUACACUUCAUUCUUGAAAUGUUUGGUGUUUGUUUCUAUAUAGAUAACGAACAUUCACAAAAAACUGUGGCUGAUCUUAGAAAUGUAGCAAACAUUCUCUCUGAAACGAUUACAGAAAAGAACCUUGCUUUGUCACAUCAAAGAAAUGCAAACAGGUAAACUAGUUUACGCCUAAAAUAUUUUUAACGAAAAUGUCAACUACAAUCUUCAAAUUUUUAACAAGUCUGUACAAUGUCACCUUACUUGGGAUUUUUUAGCUGAGUGUGUAAAACUGCAUGAUGCAGGCUAAUGCAAUUCGAUGCAAUAUUCAAGAUGCAUUAGGCUAUUUUCAUGUUGGUUUAGACAAUAAAAUCAUGAAACUAUACCAGCCCCCAACCCACCAGUAUGCAUUAAGCUGCAGUGAAGACCUCUGCCUUUUCAAUGCCUGGGAUUUUAAGACCAUGUGAUUUCAUUUAUUUUGACACACUUUUUGCUUACUUAGAAUUUUAGGUAAACGAGUUAGUGAGUUAGAAAACAAAUUGAAAACAUUGGAAGUUGCAGGAUUGUGGUCUUUACCUGGUAAGUAGUAUUUUUUGCUUUAGAGAAAACAAAUUCCCCAAGACAAUAUAUGCAGCUCUUGCAGUCAUCUGAGAAUAUUAUGUCAUGUUACUGUAUAAUCCACCAUUUCGAGAGGCAAAAAUAAUAGUAAUAACAGAGAGAGCACUAUCAACAUCGCAGAAGAUUACAGACUAGAGAUGUUGGGUACUGGUCGAGGUUGAGUCGCUAAUCGCUGAUUUUACAUGGCUUAAUAGUUUGGGUUUGUGCGUAUAUCAAGCUUAACACAGCUCAUACACCAAGAUUAAAGAAUAUUUUCACUCAAUUUCAGGCCACCGUGGCUACGGUUCCGUAAACUUGGAAAGCAAUGGUUUUGAUAUGAAUAAAUCUUACGACCAUGCGCCAGGUAAACAUCUACCUGACAGAGUGAGUCACCCCCAUGAGAAUGGCGGGAAACCGAGCACACCAAAUGGGAGAGUGGAAUCGAGUGACAAUUCUAUGUUAGUGAAACUAAAUGAUGAUGAUGAUGCAAUAGGUAACCCUAGCGAGAUAAAUGGAAAUGCGUUAGAGACUAGUUGCUGUAGAAAUCACGGUGAACACUGUUCUUGUUUAUCACCGUCGAUCAGACAUUCGCCCACCAACUGCGAUGUUUGUGAUAUGGAAACACCUGAAAAACACCUGAACAAUUUAAGGCAGCCAUGUCCUGGUUCAUCAGGGGACGAACGUUGCUCGUCACCAGACCCUACCUCGUCAUUUCUUCACAACAGUCCAGUUUUAACGGGGAAUUGCAACAAACGAAAACUUUCCCGUGUAUGUUCUGCUCCGUGUUUGACAAGAAGUUGGUCUCCGGAGGAAACUGGCGAGCUUUCCGCUUGAUUGUUAUACGACAUUGUUUUUAAUCUGGAGAACAGUGCUUUAAUUAAUAUUUAAUCAGACGUAAUACACACGCAAGUAUUUCACAAAAUUUUACUCCACAAAUAAUACAUUUUACAUUACAUUCUAUUUUCCGAGAAAUAUAUUGCGACAUUCGUUAGUAUCUUAAUUUCUUGGAACCCACUUUACUUUCGUAGAAAUUUGUGUUUUAAUUUUUUUCUCAUCCCAGCUUGAUUUUGAAUCACGUGACUCCAUGCGCUGGUGUACUUUUGAUGAUAUGUGGGUGAUAAAAGGGGUUCCUAACAGGUUUUCAUAUGAUCGUGAGGAUUUGAUUGCUGGCAAGACCAGAGUCGAUUCUUGGCUUGGCGAAUCUCUGUUAUAAAGUGAUGUCAGAUCAUUGCAAGAUUUAGAGAGAUUAUUACCGGGUACACUUAACCGAUCGGAACUUUUUACCAUCUUCGGGGUAUGGUCUUUAGUGUCUGUUAUCAGCGGUGGUAAAGAACCGCGCCUACGGUUUGUUCUAUUAAACUUGUCAGCAGUCUCUGUCUGUUCAAUCUUUGCACUUUUAGAUUUCGAGUCAUUUGUCUUCGAUCGUUUUUGUAAAUGUAUUUCUUGUUUCUCUUUUAGAUUUUCCAUUCUUUUUAGGAGCUUUUUUUGUUCUCUUUCGAGAGAAGAUAACUUAACUUUCCUCUGUCUAGCUAGAUCACCCAUCACUUUCAUAUGUUUUUGACAUGAUAAAACAUUCGAUGCGUAUAAAUUGU